AUGUCCAUAAUAUACAAACAGAACUACAUAGCCAACCUACGAAAAAAUACAUGCUCCAGGGUAUUUCGACUUGCCAACUCAAAGAGAUUCAAUAACACUUUAUCAUCUAAUAUCCUCCAGACGACCUACAACAGCAAUACAAUUAAUAAUAGCAACAAUAACACUUCCAAUGACAGACAAAUCGACACUGAUAAUAUAAAUAUCCCAUCCACUUUAUCUGAACAUAUUUUCUCUAAGGACCAAUUUUUCAACCAUCUUAAAUUGAAUAAUCCCGAAAAGCUAAAAUUUAAAUGGUUGCAUUUUCUAAAAUACAUUUUAACUUUUUACAAGAAUGGUAUUUCUUCAAUAAUUAAUAACAAACAUUUAUUGAAUUUUGAAAUCUUGAAUAACUUUUACUAUAACAAGAUCAAUUAUCGAAAUGUCAACCAUGUCUAUCCUGUUUUAUUAAACAAUACACCACAGUAUAUUCAAAAUAAACUAUCACCUCCUCAAAACGGCUACGACGAUGAUUACGAAUACGAAUCUGAUAAUAACAAUAGCAAUAAUAGAAAAAAAGCUCUUGAACGUCUACUCCAAGACUCAAUUGUAAUAAAACACUUCAACUCAACUCAAAACAUUAAACUUUUCAAGAAAAAUACAACCAUUGCUGAUUUAAAUCACUAUUUGAUCAACGAAAUAAGUAUUUCAAAUAUCGAAUUGACAACCCUAAAUAAAUCAAAAUCGCAACAGAAAAAUUUCAAAGUACUAAACAUAAAAAGAAAUCAAUACCAACUAAUGCUACGAACCUUUGACGAUUUGAACAAAUUCUAUACCUUUAUGUUUGUAACCAUUUUAUUUGAAGAGAUAACACCCUUGAUUUUUUACUUCUUUCCUGGUGUAUUCCCCAACACUUGCUUACUAGAUUUCAUUCAAAGAAAGACCUAUCUAAAUAAAUAUAGGUCAAACAACCACACAGCUCUACUAACUAAUCUUAAUAACAUCUUAUUAAAUAAAAAAUCAAUUUAUCAAUUAAAUAAAAGAGAAAUCGUCAGCUUAAUUAACUCUUUAAACAUAUCUUUGAAUUCAAAUAUACUAAAUAAUCUACCCAAAUUUAUAAUUCCAAUUGAAAUCUUAAGAGACAAUUUACUAAAUUUCAAAAAUGAAAUAUUGAUUGACAAUUAUCUCAUCUCAACUGAAGAAAAUGGCGUUCACUUAAUGAAUUUAGAUGAGCUAUUUCUCGCUUGUUUCAAAAGAGGUUUGAUUCAAAAUGAUCAAGAAAUCAAUUUGAUUAACAAAAUUUUCAAGCAUAAUUCUCAACAAGAACUUGAAAAUGAUUUAACUAAUCUAGACGUUGUUAAAGAUUUACGAUCCAAAUUGUCAAAAUUCAUCCAAGAUACAAAAUUUAAAUAA